CAUGUACGAAAAUACAUGCUAGCUUGUGCUGACUCCGUUCCAGCUGCUUUGGUUUUGCAAACACACAUUGUCCUAACAAUUAGUGCUGUUAUUAAAGACUAUAUUGAAGGAUUGCCCUCUUACACGUAUGACCCUGGGUCUCCCGUGGGCGUCACGAUGACAAAGUCUGACACGAUCACCUUUGCUCUGCUGUUGAUUCAACUGUCGUGUGUAUUUGGCGGCAAAAUACUAGUGUUCCCUUUAGAUGGGAGCCACUGGAUAAACAUGAAAGGAAUCAUCGAGGAACUUCACGCCAAAGGCCAUGAGAUCACAGUGGUGCGGCCGUCUGAUAGCUGGUACAUCUCAGAAAAGUCGUCGCUCUACACCUCUGUCAAUCUUCCUGGUCAGGAUCGAUUUAAGGAUCAUUUUGAAUCAUUUGUGUCACAACAACUGGAAAUCAGGCUUCAGGGGAGGUCUCUAUCUCUUCUGCCUCGCAUCUGGAAAAAGAUUGAGAAUCAAAUCCUGGUUAUUAGUCAGUUUUCUUUUUUCCACAAAAUGCAUUGUGAGACAAUAGUGCAGAUGUUUGAAAAUGAAACUCAAAUGCAGUCCUUUAAUAAUACUAAAUACGACGUAGUGUUGACUGACCUCGGCAUAGGCGGAGGGGCAUUGCUUGCGCGCCGUCUCCACGUUCCCCUCAUUUACAAUGUCAGGUGGACCCUGCAAGGUGAAGCUCAUGACCUCAUUGCCCCAUCCCCUCUGGCAUACACUCCCUUUCUUGCAGCACUGUUAACAGAUAAGAUGACUUUCCCACAAAGAAUCAUUAAUGUUUUAUCCCACACCAUGGGUAGCUUCUCAAACUUAUUCAUAUCAGAACCUCACUACAAACCAAUAGUGAGGCGCUACUUUGGUUCUAGUGUGGAUUACUCAACAUUUUUUUUGGACGCUGAUAUAUGGCUUAUGAGAAACAAUUUUAUCUUUGAAUUUCCACGACCCACAAUGCCAAAUAUAGUCUACAUAGGUGGCUUUCAGUGCAAGUCUCCAAAGCAGCUCCCUGUGGACCUGGAGGAGUUUGUCCAGAGUUCUGGAAAUCACGGGGUUGUGAUAAUGACUUUAGGGACUCUCAUUGCGAAGCUUCCCCAAGAUGUCACUGAGGAAAUUGCUGCAGCCUUUGCCCAGCUGCCUCAGAAGGUUGUUUGGAGGUACACUGGACAAAAGCCUACCAACCUAGGAAACAACACUUUACUGGUUAACUGGCUACCACAAAAUGACCUCUUGGCACAUCCUAAAACAAGAGUAUUUGUCACUCACGGAGGCAUCAACGGGGUUCAAGAAGCAAUUUACCAUGGCGUUCCAGUCGUAGGACUUCCAUUGUUUUUUGAUCAGCAUGAUAAUCUCAACAGAAUGCGAGCGAAGGGAGCAGCAGUAAAUGUGGAUUUUGCUGUGCUUGACAGGCACAUGUUUGCAGAUGCACUCGUGACAGUUCUUCACAACUCAUCAUACAGGGAAAACAUGCAAAGGCUCUCAAGGCUGCAAAGGGAUCAGCCAAUGAAACCAAUGGACCAGGCAGUCUUUUGGAUCGAAUAUGUGAUAAGACAUAAAGGAGCUGGCCAUCUGAAGGCACAAUCCAACAAAAUGUCCUCAAUUGUUUACCACUCAGUUGAUGUCAUUUUAGCUUUGCUAACAGUAGUUUUGCUUCUAAUAUUCACUUCCCUUUUCAUUUUAAGAUUUAUGUGUAGAAUAUGUUUUAAUGGGAAAAAAGCUAAACACGAUUAAUUUUUUUUUUUCUUAAGUUCUAAAACAAAUAUGACGGCAACAGUUUGACUCUGGAACAGACCAUUUCCAUUUCCACUAUUUCCCGUGGGAUUAAUUGAUUCUAAAUCCAAACAAAUUGGAGUUUGACUAGCAGCAUCCCAGAAUGGAUUGUGUACUGUACUUUGAAAAGUGAAUACAAGACAGCUGUAAUUUGAGCAGUUUUAUUCCCUUCUAAUUGCAGCCAACACACUUGAUUUGUGUGUAAAGCUCCUUUUGCAAAACAAGCUACUGUAAAGGUUUUCUUAUAGGCAGAGAAUGUAACUCAGUGACGUUAUCUCCCACUGCUGUCCAUAAAAAAGCAAAGGUUCAUCUGUAAUAACUUUCCAGGAGCUAUGACCAUGCCCUUUUAUGCAGUCUACAGGGCGCUUGAUAUCUGUUCUGAGUGAAAUAGGAUUAAACCUCAACUUAAGAUACUGGUGCUGUUGCGGCUUAGUUAGCCUGAGACCUGAACCUAAAGCACAGUAAUUAAACUAGACAUCUUUACCAGCAGUGGUUAAAUUACAGUGACACUUAACAUUACUUGCACAAAUUAAUGUGAGCCAAUACACAAUACAACACACUACAACAACAAAAAUAAAAAAAACCAAAAACAUCA